AUGAACGGCACGGGCAACUACUUGGCCAGUGACAUGAAUCCAAGCAAAUCUUUGUACAAUGGCAGGCCCACGGUUCCGAUAUCCCAUUUCAAACGUGUUCUCUAUCAAGCAAUAAUUGACGACACAAUUACCAACGCUGAAUACGACGGGAAUGGCACUUUGGAAGACCCUUACGUCAUAACAUGGCUGCCAAAUGACCCUUUCGAUCCCAUGAAUAUCUCAAACGGUAUCAAGUGGUGGAUAACCGCCAUUGUAGCAAUGAUGACUCUUGCUGUGUCAUUUGCAUCGUCAGCAUAUUCCGGCGGCAUCGGUGAAAUACGGAAAGAAUUUGAUGUCAGCCAGAUUGUUGCCACUUUGGGAAUUGCAUUGUUCGUUUUGGGUUUUGCUAUUGGGCCCCUGGUGUGGGCACCUAUGAGUGAGAUUUACGGACGCCGGUACAUCACUGUUAGUUCUGGUUUGCUUCUUGCUGUAUUCAGUGCAGCUUCAGCAGCUUCUCAGAACGUGACUACUUUAGUUGUAACAAGAUUCCUUGCUGGUGCUCUAGGCUCAUCACCACUGACUAAUGGUGGCGGUGUCCUUGCGGAUAUAUUUCCGUCUUCCCAACGCGGACUGGCAACCACUUUGUUUGCGACAGCCCCGUUCCUUGGCCCAACAAUUGGCCCUAUUGUGGGCGGAUUUGUUGGCCAAGCAGCCGGCUGGCGUUGGAUAGAAGGCAUGAUCGCUGUCUUCACAGGAGUGAUAGCGAUCCUAUAUGCCUUAGUUGUGCCCGAAACGUAUUCACCUGUGCUCUUAGCCAAACGAGCCGCGAAACUUUCUGAAGUUACCUCGAAAACUUUUAAAAGUAAGAUCGAGCUUGAGAGAGGCAAGAAAACGGCAUCCGAAGCAUUUGUCACAGCGUUGGUCAGGCCUUGGAUAUUGUUGUUUUGUGAACCAAUCGUCUUCCUGUUGGCUGCAUACACAGCAAUAAUAUAUGGAGCCCUCUACAUGUUCUUUCCAGCUUUCCCUAUUGUUUACCAGGUCGGUCGGGGUUGGUCUUCAGGUAUGGGAGGUCUCGCAUUCAUCGGAGUUGCAGCAGGCAUGUCCUGUGCAAUCGUCUAUCUGUUUUGGGAAAACAAACGCUAUGCUCGUAACACAGCAAAUUCACCAACCGGACAUCUUGAUCCAGAAGCAAGGUUACCACCCGCGCUCCUUGGGAGUAUCAUCAUACCUGUCGGGCUCUAUUGGUUUGCCUGGACCAAUGGAUCAAACGUACACUGGAUUGUCAGCAUCAUUGGCAGCGCCCCGUUUGGCUUCGGCAUGGUAUUGGUCUUCAUAUCGUGCGUCAAUUAUCUCGUCGACUCGUACGUUAUAUAUGCAGCAUCAGUACUGGCUGCCAGCUCGGUCGUUCGCUCACUCUUUGGCGUGGCAUUCCCGUUAUUCACGCCUUACAUGUACCGACAUCUGGGUAUACAUUGGGCCUCAUCUAUCCCAGCGUUUCUAACUCUUACAUGCGUGCCUUUCCCAUUCUUAUUUUACAAGUUUGGAGCAAAGAUCAGGAUGCGUUGCAAAUAUUCUCGUGAAGCUGCCACGGUGCUGAACAAAAUGCGCAACUGA